CAGUUAAUGUAAAUGUUUAUACCCGUCUCCAUUUGCCCGCGUCUGCCAAUGGACCGGACCGAGAGCAGAGCUUAACCGCGGACCAGUUUUAGCCGGUAGCUGAUGACAGCCGCCGAACGUCAAUAGGAAGUAAAGAGGCUAGCUAACUCUAGCGUCUGCUUGCACUUUGAGCUCCUCAGGCAUGAACUGUUCUUUAGAGAAGGUUCUGGCAGAUGCCAAAUCGUUAGUGGAGAGGCUCCGUAACCACGACAACGCGGCAGAGAUGUUAAUCGAACAGACAACAUCCCUUAACAAGCGGGUGGAGGCCAUGAAGCAGUACCAAGAGGAGAUCGAUUCACUUAACCAGGUUGCACGGCACCGACCUCGUUCCAGUCUGGUUCUAGGAAUCCAGCAGGAAAACCGUCAGAUCAGGGAGCUCCAGCAGGAAAACAAAGAGCUGCGAGCAUCGUUGGAGGAACACCAGUCUGCACUGGAGCUCAUCAUGACCAAAUACAGGGAGCAGGUGUUCAGGCUUCUCAUGGCCAGCAAAAGGGAGGACCCUACCAUCGUCACCCAGCUAAAAGAGCAGCAUACCACGGAAAUGCAAGCACACAUAGACAAAAUAAACGAGAUGGCCUUAGUGAUGAGGAAGGCAAUAGAGGUGGACGAAGGCCGGAUAUGUGAAGACGAGGAGAGGAUUAAGCAGUUAGAGCUGGAGAACAGCGGACUUAGAGAGCUGCUGGGGAUCAGUCGGGAGGCUUUCCUCUUUCUUAAGAGAGAAGAUCCAUCUGAGAACACAUCGUUGUCUCCGCUGCUGACCAGCACCGACGUCAGCCUGCGCAAGAGUUAGAGCCCAACGUCAACCCCCCGCCCCCCCCCGCCCCCCCAAAUCUGCUGGCCACACAGUGUACAGAGGGUCCAUGCUGUUGCCCUUCACCCAGCUCACACAAAGACUCCUUAAGGCGAAGCAUGUCGCCUGUGUCUGUCUGCUGUUGCUGUAACGUUUGCUUAUCGAGUCGGCUGAGCCUGCGUUGUUUUGAGGUGUGAAUGAGUGAAAGAAUGGCUUGGGUUAAAAUAAAUCCGCAGUCAUCAAACCGUGUCAGGCCAUGUUGAUUUCAUGUGGCAAUCUCACCAUGCGUUCGUAUGUUUCUGCUUUGAAUUUGGUGGCUGUGUGUGUUUACGCAAUUUUUUAACUUUCACAACUCUUUUGUUUUUGUUGUCAAUUGCGUCAGGAACAGGAAAUGAAACCUUUUCUGCUCAAACCACUGCCAGGAGUAGAAACAGAAGUUCUCAGGUUCCUUAUUUAUGGGAAAAUAACAAACUACAGUGUAAAUAGUAGCCUUUUACAAAUACAAAAUAAAUCAGGUGAUGGCUAACAGGAGAACUUACUUGGAACAUAACUGUUUAUUUUCAGUGCUAUGCUAUUUUAUUUUAGAAAUAAAAAUCUGAGAAGUAUGGUG